AUUCGUUUCACUGUUAGUCAUCCAGGGCGCGCACCGGUAAUCGUGAAAAAUGGACCAAUGAAAUGCGACAAGUGAUAGCCUCGUUUUGGAAAUAAACAUGGAAGUUAUCGGACAGUAAUUGAGUGUUUUGUGUGCAUUAUGGAGAGACUAGCAGCCAGCGAUAUUGGGCAAUUUGACAUGGAGAUAUGUUUUGGUUAUGGAUAGUCUAUGAACGAUUCCCACUGGUGAAAAACAUGACUUUCAAAUAGAAUUGUGGAUUAUUUUAUACCAAACUAUUACAUUCAGCCAUUUGCUGAUUUUAUAUUAAAAAAAAAUGAAUUAGUGUUUUAACUUAGGAAAACUGUUACCAGAGUUGCAUUUUUCACAUUUUACUUGUCUGCAAAUUGUAAUACAAAAAAGCACAAUUUCUGCAUUUAUGCAUAUACAUAUUUUGGAUAUUUUAACUUUGGUGCUUGCAUAUUUAUAUUUUGUACAAAAAAAGUAUUUACAGAAACCUAAAGUAUUCUAUGAAAGAUUACAGGAUAAUUUGACAAUAUUUCAUAGUAUUCAUUGUUCUAUAGUGCUUUCAUUUCUUAGAAUAUUGGAAGAAAUUGUAAAAUAUACAGUAAAAGUGCCAGUAAUAUAAGUUACAAUAACUAGUAAGUUUAAAGUGGUUGCUUGUGAAACAGCUUCAAGUGAUUGCCAUGUUCCCAACAUCACUGGAACGCUACAGUUAUAAUAUACAUCAUGACAGUUUUGCCAAGAUGGCUAGUUACACAGAUCGUCACUUCAUUGCCUGCUUGCAGAAACCACCUCAUUCUAGAACAGAUGUCGAUUUGGAUGUUAUAUAUUCGUAUUUACAUGGAAUGGAGGCUCUAUCAUCACUACGGGAACCAGCAUUACGAGCAUUAUGUAGAACUGUGAGAUACGAGUACCAUGAUGCCAAUGAUAUACUCUACUGUCAACGGGAGUUGAGUACAUGUUGGUACAUAUUGCUAUCUGGAUCAGUGUUUAUAGAGGGGUCUAUGUUCCUGCCUCGUAGCAGUUUUGGGAAAAGAACACCAGGAUGUGCGAGACGUGCCAGCGAAUGUUUGAUACUCGAACCUUCAGAAAUGAUUGUGAUUGACUACCCUGAUGUUCAGGUCAUGAAGCCAGGGACCCGUAUGGGCCCAUGCAACACGAUGAACGUAGACCGACUACCCCAGUAUGAUCCCCAAGAUGAUAUUCGUAUGAGAAGAAUGAACUCAGACACUUCCGGCUUCUCAGAACAGACAAUUCCUGAUAUACAGAUAGGUUACAAUGGUCGUGAUACAUCGUACGGUUAUAAAAGAUGCUCGCGAGCAAGUGACACAUCUAGUGCGUACUCUGGCUCGGACAUGAUGCAGUCAUCUAUAGAUGACCCGGAAAAUGUGGACUGUGAAUUCCCAACCAACCUGACAGAGAGCACCGUAGAUAACGACUCUGAAGAUGAAGAAGGGUUUGGGGAGUCCACAGAGUCAUUGCCAGUCCGUGAUGCCGUGCGAGAAUGUCUCGAGAAAGAUCCGGCAGACAGGAAAGAUGAUGAUAUAGAAAUACUUCUAGACUUCAUGCAGCAUUUUAGGGCAUUUGCAAACAUGACACUGGCUACUCGGCGGGCCCUGUGUGCGGUGAUGGUGUUUGCGGUGGUAGAGAAGGCGGGAACUAUUGUCAUGAAGGAUGGUGAGGAGCUGGACUCCUGGUCGGUCAUCCUCAAUGGUAGUGUUGCCAUAGAAACCGGAGAUGGUGAGGUGAAAUACCUCCAGUUAGGUGACAGUCUUGAAACCAAUUCAGCAAAUUUCAAGGGUCGUGGAAAUCAACUCUGUUUCGGUAUUACCCCUACAAUGGAGAAGCUGUAUCAUCAUGGACAGAUGCAUACAAUUUCUGAUGAUUGUCAGUUUGUGUGUAUAGCUCAGUCUGAUUAUUACAGAAUUCUUCAUCAGGGUGAAGAGAAUACAAAACGUCAUGAAGAAGGUGGUAAAGUUGUCAUGGUCACUGAACACAGGGUCUUUGAUGGCGGAAACAGAAAAGGACAUAUAGUUAUACGGGGGACACCAGAAAGGUUGAUGUUACACCUUGUAGAGGAUCACAAUGUUGUAGAUCCCACCUACGUAGAGGACUUUCUGCUGACUUACCGUACAUUUCUCCCAUCACCUACACAACUUACUAAUAAACUUCUACAAUGGUUUGAAGAUCCUGCUCUCAGAGCAAAGGUAACAAGAGUGGUGCUAUUAUGGGUAAACAAUCAUUUCAAUGAUUUUGAGAUGAAUGCAGACAUGUGUGAAUUCCUAGAACAGUUUGAAGAUUUACUUGAAAGAGAAAAAGAUAUGGAUAGAUACACAAGAGCGAGAAUGACUGGUCAACUACGAUUGUUGAAUCUUGCAUGUGCUAGUAAAGCUCGACCACGAACUGUGACAUUAACAAGGGCAACAAGGGAUGAAAUACUUUACUUCCAGAUAUUAGGUGGUUUAGAGCGAGGCUGUGGUAUAUUUAUUAAAAAAGUUGAAAAAGAUUCUAAAGCGUAUGAGGCUGGCCUUAAACGUGGAGAUCAGAUACUGGAGGUAAAUGGGCAGAGUAUGUUGAAUAUUUCACACAGUAAAGCUUUGGAACUGCUACGCAAAACUACACACCUCUCAAUUACUGUGAAAUCUAACUUACUUGAAUUUAAAGAAAUGCUAGACAACACUGAAAAGAAUGCAACUUUGAAACGGAUGGAUUUUCAGCAGACAAAUUACAAGCAGAGAUUAUCUGCCCCUGAUCUAGAAAAUUCAUUUCCUCCAGCAGGAAUUUUGUCAGACAAUGCAUUAUUGCCAUCACCUCAGGAUUUUAAUAAAAAGAACAAUUCACAUAAAAAGGAUAAAAGUUUUAUGAUGACAAUAGCUAGCAGUAAACCACGGCUCAGGAAAGCUCUACGCAAUUUCUUCCCCCGAAACAUGAGUGCUAGUAGUAUGAAUAGUGAUUUAUCAUUAAAUCACUCUGAUGAGAAUCUUUCGACUCAUGGUUUAUCUCGAAAAUCAUCAACAUCAUCAGGAUCAUCUUCCAAUACUGGAAUGUCCAAUCACCUCAGUGCCAGUAAUCCAGACUUGUCGUCUGCUAAUCUUGGAGCAGACGACAAACCAGUCGAGUACCCCGAACAUGUCGUUAAAGUGUACAGAUCUGAUCAGUCUUUCAAAUAUUUACUCAUACAUAAGGAAACUACAGCAAAAGAAGUGGUAAUGUUAUCAUUGCGAGAGUUUGGUAUUACUGAUCCAAGCAGCAAUUUCUCAUUAUGUGAGGUAACAGUGGAAUCGGAAGGUUUUAUAAAACAAAAACGUUUACCAGACACCCUUCAGAACUUGCCAGAAAGGUUGACAUUAAAUGGAAGGGAUGCUUGUUCUAGCCUUAGUGCCAGGUAUUACUUAAAGAACAACAUGAGCACAGAGCCUCUCGUGCCAGACGAGCUGAUGGGUGACCUAAUUAAGGAAGCACAGAUCAGCCUCACGCAGCUCAAUACAUUAGAAGUGGCAUCACAACUUACAUUAGAAGAUUUCAACAUUUUCAAGCAGGUCCAAGAUACAGAAUAUGUCGACAGAAUAUUUAACCUUCCCUCUAAAUUUGGCUGUCCAAAUCUGAUGAAAUUUGAAGAGCUUGUGAACAAGGAGAUGUUUUGGGUAGUCACAGAGAUAUGUUCAGAGAAUAAUCUAGUCAAACGGAUGAAAAGCAUCAAACAUUUCAUCAAAAUAGCAAGACAUUGUAAAGAUUGUAAGAACUUCAACUCAAUGUUUGCUAUAGUAAGUGGUCUGCAUCAUACAUCAGUGACCAGACUACAUAACACAUGGGAGAAAGUACCCAGUAAAUAUAAAAAGAUGUAUGAGAGUAUGUUAGAUCUGAUGGAUCCUUCAAGGAACAUGUCCAAAUACAGGAAUCUCUUAUCCAGUCAGUUUGUACAACCACCUACGAUACCAUUUUUCCCAGUAGUCAAUAAAGAUUUGACAUUCAUUGACCUUGGUAAUGAUUCCAAGGUUGAUGGACUGGUCAACUUUGAGAAGCUACGUAUGGUUGCUAAGGAAAUCCGUCACAUAUGUAACAUGUGCUCACCCAAAUAUGAUGUUAACACGAUGUACUUGAAUACACCAAGUGAGUACGACAGUUCACUCAUAUUCGGUGUAGCAACGAUAAAACGUUCCAAAAAUCGACGUGCCUCAGCUGUUCCAAAUGCAAGGAAGAUGUAUGACGAGGCCCAGAUGACACGUCGUGUAAAAUCAUACCUUAGUAAUAUACCUAGUAUAAGAGAUGAAGAUAAACUGGCUGAAUUAUCUAAUCAGUGUGAACCUCCAGCAAAGAAGCCGGAAUCCUCCCCUAACCUAAGUGCUAGCUCAUCAAGUGUGUCCAGUGAGGAAAAGAAGCCUAUCUAUACAGGGCCUAAAUUUGGUGCUGCCACCGUGGAAAAUACUCGAAAACUAAUGGCUUUAAGUGGCAAGAUCAAACCCCACGACUCUAAAAACCCUCUACCUAUAACUAGUCCAAACCUGUCAUCAGGUGGGCGUCGUCAGCCGAUGUCACCACGACAUGCACGACCGACUCUCCAUCUGUCCGCUGAGAGUUCAUCAGUGAUCAGUCUUAGUAAUAUAGCAAAUAGGAAACCUAGUCGUACUGGAUCAAUAGGGUCCACAGAAUCUCAGAGUCCUACAGCAAGCAUUAAGAGUACCCACAGUAGUCACAGUGCCCACAGCUUGCCGUCACAUUACGAGUCAGACUCUAGCAGUCUCACUAGCACGUCAACUUAUGACAACCACAGCUCUUGUUCAGCUCCGGUCACCAACUCGCCAGGUCCACCACGAAAACUGUCAUCAUCAGUUGCGAGUCAUCACUCUUCAUCAUCACAUCAUCAUCAUCAGACUCAUCAUCAGGCACAGCAUCCACAUCAUCCACCUCAGUCAGCGGGCAGUCCACAGUCGGCACCAGCAAUACCACAGUCUGUACGACCCCCUCUACCUCCGUACCAUGUUGUUAUGCAAAACGUGCAAGGUACUUCUGCUAACAGUCAGUACAUCCACAACACUUACACAAACGUGCGUCGUCCGCCACUCCCCGAUUAUCAGUCAGCCACUCAUAUGGCGCAGGUGGCGCGUCAGAGGCACAAACAGUGGGCGGGGUCUAACAAGUAUUAUAGGGAAGAAGAUUUUGACCAUACUCAGGUCCAUGAUGACUAUUUCAUCUAAGUGUGCAUGAUGAUGAAGAAGAAAUCGUUUCAGCAGUAUGACCUGUUCCUAUGGAAACAGAAAUAAGAGUGGUGAACAUGGCAACCAGUCCCUUUCAACCAGACCAUGUGACCUUUGACAACAUUUUGACAUAGCUACCUUGUUGUAAAUGUCAUUUAAAAUAAUCUGGUGAAAGUGCUGCAACUUUGGUCUGAUUCUUUGUUGCCAUGGUAACUUUGACCUUGAGAUGAUGAAUGUAUGACCUUGAUAUGGUUAAGGUCAGCGAUGUUGAAUGAGCUAAAAGGAGGAGCACACCUCAAAUAUAUCUGUGAUAGCUGUUUAACAGCAUGUAUAUAUUAACAUGUGUCAGUGUUGGGUGUACAAUGAGGUGGUAGGGGAUGGAGACUGGGGUGCAUUGUUUCUAGUAUGAGCUAGACGUGAAGUAAAGGAUGAUUGUACAAGAAUUCUACAAGUUAAAAAAGUAUUGAGGUUUUUAUUGAAAAGAACAAUGUAAAGUUAACAUUAAAUGAAGACAGGAAUGAUAUUGCAACAUAAAUGGUGCCAGUAUAAGUUAUAGACAUAGUGCUUAGUGAGGCAAAACUUACUGUGGAAGAUAUGAAGAAAAAAGGAAGUAAGAUAAUUUGGAGAGAUGAAUAGUGAUACAGAGAUAUUUUACAAUGUUUACAAUGUUUUAAUUGUUUGACAUUGUCUUGUUUUACCUGUCAGGAGAAGUAAAACAAUGCAGGAACAUUUUGAUGUCACAGAGAUCUGAGAGCUUUGAAGUAUAUAAACAAAUCUUGCCUAAAUUAACUAGCAUUUGUAGGAAACCAGUGCUUUUUGUAUGGGAUAUCUGACAAUCAAGUCUUGUAUUUUAAAUAUAUACAGAGAAACAUUUAAUGUAAGAGUGUAUUUUAUAUGUUACUAGUUUUAUUUCUCAUACACAGAAAGGAAGAAAAGAGUGUUUUAACCUUGACCCUGCUGUAGACUCAAGUGAUUACCCCUUGGUCACUGGUAUAUAGUAUUAGCCAGGCCAGCCUCUGUGCAGUCUCACGAGGCUCUGUACUAAUAGCUGACCAUUUAAAAUUUUCAUCUUGAUAUCCCCAAAAUUGAUAAUGGGCAUUUUCUUAAAAACAAAAGCAGACAAGUCCAUUUUAGAGAUUCAGCAGGUUUUGGGUUAUAGGACAACAAUAUUAGUCAGAAUACAGGACAGUAUUCAAUGUCAUCAUUCAUCAUGAUUAAUCUACUUUGAUUUGAAAUGCUAAGCUAAAUUACUUAAUUAACAAUUCAAUUUAUAUAUUAUAAGAUCUAGUAGAUCAGACAGUUGUACAAUGUAAUGUACUGCUAAUCUUUUUUUGUACAAAAAAGGUUUUGUUGAAGAAAAUAAAUUUUUCUUAACAUUUUGAACUAAUUUCCUACUAACCUAAGUAAUUCAGGGCAGUAAAUACUGAUUUUAAUUUUAUUAUUAUUAUUUUUAGUACAGUGACUGUUUUAUAUGAAUAUAUUUUUUAUUUUGUACACAUUGAAGGCACUUUUUAAGGAAAAAGUCUUUUUAAAGGACAAUAUUUUGAUGUAAAUGAUUAGUUUUUAGUAUUUUAGUUAGAUUACUGAUGACUUAUUAGGUUUGAAUAAGACAAGUGUGCAAUAUUGAGAUUUUUUGGAUAUGUAAAUAUUAUAUUAAUAAUAAAAAUUCACAGUGUACUGAUCAAUUAAGGUAAAUUGGUUCCUUUACCUCAAUAAUGGUUAUGUUAUUGUUAACAAUUAUUUGCUCCAUAGUUUCUUUCGAUUAAUCUUCUUUGGUUAUUAUAUUUAGGUACUAAAUAUUUCCAACAACAACUGUAAAGACUGUUGCAUUUCAUUAAUUGGGACCAAUGUUAUGUUGUUCCACGACCAUACAAACAACUAUUUUACAAAUUAUAAGAAAGAAAGUUUCCAUUUUUGUCAGUGUUUUAUACAAUCAUAACACAUUGUUUCUGGCCUAAACUCAUGUUUUAAAAUUCAUAGAGAUUUAUGUCAAAUAUCAUAUUAACCACCUUGACAAAAUUUUACCUGUAUUUUGUCGUACUUUUCAUUUAGAAUCGUAAAGAAUUUCCAGUAUAGAAAUGCUUGAAAUAAUAUUUAAAGGUACUCAUUCUGAAUAACAUUAUCUAUCCAUCUCCUAAUUAUGUCCAACUCCUUGCGGGGACAUAGACAAUAUAAUCUACGAAAGAUGACCACUUUACAGUGACUGACCAGUACAUACAUAUGAUUUCAGAAUAUUUUCAUACUUAGGUACAUAUUGUAUAUUGAUAUAAUUAUUUAUUUAUAUAAGAUGCAUCGUAUGUCUUAAAGUAUGUAACAACUCAGAUUUGGGUUAUGAUGGCUCCAUGAUUGGUUCAAAUAUAGAAUAUUAUCUUUAACUUUGUUAAUAACAUAGUUAUUUAUACAUCUGUAGUUAACUUAUUAUAUUUGAUAAUUUUGAGUAAAUUUAUUAUCAAAUUAUCAUAAUUAAAAAAAAAAGUUGUUUUAAAUAUUGAACAUGUUAUAUAUUCAGUAUUGCACAUUGUGUAGUAUUACGUUGGCAGUUAUAAAGAAAAGAUAGAGCUGAAUAAUACAUGUAUAUGAGAAGAUAUCUGAAUAACAAAACAUAAUUAAUCAGAAAGUUACACACCCAUAAUUAUAAUAUUUUAAUCAUGGUUUAUAUACAGGUAGACAAAAAAAGGACAGGAAUUAUUAUGUUACAUCCCAAAUUAUUGGAAGUGAAAUAAAAAUAUACUAAACUAGACAUUUUCACACUUGUAGUGUUUUUAAUUUUAUUAACAACUUGUAGACACAGAAAUAAUAGAGAAGUAGGAAAGAAAUAUACAUGGUUAGAUAUUUAUUUUAGCUUUAUAUAAUGUAACUUGACAUCAUAUCUGAUGCCAUGUUUAAUCAUUAUUGUGGAUAUAUAUUAAUGUUCAGUUCUAUUCUUUAACCAGCAAUUACUGCAAAAACUGUUAGAAUAAAAAAUAAUAACUUCAAAUUAUUGAUUUUAACUUAAUUUUUUUAAUUCUUAAUGCUAAUUUUAAUAAGUAAUUAUAUUUCCAUUAAUGAAACCUGGUUGGACAGGUGAAUAUUACUAAUUAAAAAUCAGAACUCACUGUUACUAAACUUCAAACAUUUUUUUUGUUUGGUGAUUUUUAUAUUCUGCAUCAGAUACAUUUAUUCAUCAAUGUGAUCAUUUACUCAACAGGGUAUGCAGAGUUUGACAUAACAACAUUUAAACAAAGAAAGUAUUAACAUUUUACAGUACAUUGACAAAGACACAAAUAUACAAAUAUGUUUGGCCUGAAAUAAAUUGAAAUAUGUGUUCAUUUGUUGGUGUAAAGUUGAAUGCAGGCCAUUACUGUUAUAUCAUUUUAUCAUGUGUGUAUAUAUACCCUACUUUAUGAGAGAUUAUCACUGAUUAUCAUUAUAUUAUUGAACCCUGAAUAAAAUAUGAAAGUAAACAUGAA